AUGGGGGCUUUGAAACUGGAUAUGGCAAAAGCCUAUGACUGGAUGGAGUGGCCCUUUUUGCGUAAUAUGCUGCUAGCUCUGGGAUUUGAUGGUAGAUGGGUGGAGUUGAUAAUGUUAUGUGUAACCUCAGUGUCGUAUAGUGUAUUUGUAAAUGGUGCACGAAGUGAGCAAAUCAAUCCAACUCGAGGUUUGAGGCAAGGUGACCCACUGUCUCCCUAUCUCUUUAUUAUUUGUGCUGAGGGGCUUUCAUUAUUUUUACAGCAGGCGCAGUUGAGGGGAGAAAUACAUGGCUGUAGAGUAGCUAGAGGGGCCCCCUCUAUUUCCCAUCUAUUCUUUGCAGAUGAUAGUUUACUCUUAUUUAAAGCAAAUGUCCAGGAGGCUGAGGUGAUAAAGCAUUGUUUAUCAGUGUAUGAAGAAAUGUCUGGGCAGGCGGUGAAUUACCAUAAAUCAAGUAUAUGCUAUAGUAAGAAUACACGAGAUGAUGACAGGGAAGAGGUAGCCAAUAUUUUGGGGGUGGUGCAGGCUCCAAAUUUUGGGAAGUAUCUAGGGCUUCCAUCAUUUGUGGGCAGGAAUCGGAAAGCAGCAUUCUCAUAUAUUGAGGAUAAGUUUAGGCAAAGAAUGGGUCAUGGAACAAGAAGUUACUAUCGCAGGCAGAGAACCAUGAACCGUUAUUGGUGGAGAUCUAAAGAUGACCAGGGCAUCCACUGGAAAGUGUGGGAUAAAUUGUGUAUUCCUAAAAAGUAUGGGGGAUUGGGCUUUAAAGAGUUACGUGCCUUUAAUCUAGCUAUGUUGGGGAAGCAGGCCUGGCGGUUUCUUACGAAGCCUGAAUCAUUGGUGUCAAGAGUAUAUAAAGCCAGGUAUUAUCCUAAAGGAUCUUUUUUUGGUGCACAUUUAGGGAAUAACCCAAGUUUCUGUUGGCGUAGUAUCAUGGCUGCACAGGAAUUAAUUUGUGGAGGGGUUAGGUGCAGAAUUGGGGAUGGAAAGUCAACCCUGAUAUGGGAUCACCUAUGGCUUCACGAUGAGCACAAUGCAAAAAUAAUUACUGGAAAACCACCACAGUUGGCACAAGCAACAGUUAUGGGUUUAAUGGAUCAGGACGAGAACAUGGGACCAUGA